CGCCCCCUGUGCAUUAAGCCCUACGUCCGUCUGCUGAGGGUAACCAUCUCUCUCCCUUGCUCUGGGGCGUUUUGCAAGGUUGCAGAGUAGGACCUGUCAGCUGACACUUGGUCACAGGAGAGCCAUUCACAGGGUGGUGGCCAGUGUCAGAACAACCUUGCAGCUGAAGGCGAGUCACUGCAUUUCUCUCACAGCCCUGUGAGCCCUGUGAGCCAUAUUCAGAGGUCUUGUGAUGAAUUAAUUGGCUACGACAUCAUCCCCAGCAGGGCCACAGAUGGAGUGAGUCAGUCCGAGCUGCUCAGCCGGUUGAGUGUUUUUGUCUUUUGUAACCGGAGCACAAACCCAGGAACAGAAGUAGGAAGUGGGACUUGGACUUGUCAGAUUGUAAUGGCUUUGCUGAGAGCAUGUUUUACAGUGUGAGGGAUGCGUCUGACUUCCCAAAUCAUCGGAGGGCUUAAUUUACCUAAUAAGCGAAUGUUCCUGUUUUGUUUCUGUUUUUUUGUAACUUCUGGAAGAGGAAAUUAGUAGGCUGCAGCCGGGGAGCUCGUGUCACCUCCCGCAUCUGUACGGGGAGUGCAGGGAUCAUUUAGCACAGCUGGUCACUGAGGAAAUCCUCCAACAACGGGACCUUCCAGGUCCACGCGGAGAGUCAGGACCACCCAGAAGAGGACUGGCCUGCCGGGGAGAUGUGUGGCUGCUCAGCCAGGACCACAGCCCGGCCGGGGGGCCGGCGGGACGCGGCCGGGGGUGUGAGCGAUGGGCAGACGCACGGGACACUUGCGCGCUCGAGGAUUUGGAAGUGCGCCGGGGUGGGAAGGGUCACCGAUCCCCCGGAGCUCGACAACAGCUGGUCCUGUUCGCAGUUGGACCUGAACGAGAUUCGCCUCAUAGUUUACCAGGACUGUGAAAGGAGAGGCAGACAAGUCCUGUUUGAUUCUAAAGCUGUUCACAAGAUCGAGGAGGUGGCAACUCAGAAAACGGAGGACGUCCCCACGAAAACGCCAGCCAAGUGCUGUCAAGGAGGUGGCAGCGGCAGCCUCUCUUCCCACGGCUCUUCCGGGGGAUCUUUACCACAUGCCAAGGAGCAGCUUCCAAAGUACCAGUACACGCGCCCCGCCUCUGAUGUCAACAUGCUUGGGGAGAUGAUGUUCGGCUCGGUCGCCAUGAGCUACAAAGGCUCCACCCUGAAGAUUCACUACAUACGUUCUCCUCCACAGCUGAUGGUUAGUAAAGUCUUCUCCGCCAGAAUGGGCAGCUUCUGUGGGAGUACAAAUAACUUGCAAGACAGCUUCGAAUACAUCAACCAAGAUCCUAACCUGGGGAAACUGAACACAAAUCAGAAUAACCUGGGUCCCUGUCGUACUGGAAGUACCCUAGGUGCGCUGCAGGGAGGCGGCAGCAAACUGCCCCCGGGGGCGGCUGAAGGAGGACCGCUCCGGCUCAGCCGCAGUGCCUCUUUCUUUGCAGUGCACAGCACUCCGGUCGACAUGCCGAGCAGAGGGCAGAGCGAAGACAGGGACAGCGGCAUCGCCCGCUCAGCCUCCCUGAGCAGCCUUCUGAUCACACCGUUCCCGUCUCCAAGCUCCUCUACGUCCUCCUCCAGCAGUUACCAGCGCCGCUGGCUUCGGAGCCAGACCACGAGCUUGGAAAACGGCAUCAUUCCCAGGAGGUCAACGGAUGAGACGUUCAGCUUGGCCGAAGAAACCUGCAGUUCCAACCCGGCCAUAGCUCGGAGGAAGAAGAUUGCCAUAAGCCUCAUCUUUUCCCUGUGCGAGACGGAGGAAGCCCAGAGGAACUUCCAGGACUUCUUUUUUUCUCAUUUCCCCCUGUUUGAGUCUCACAUGAACAGGCUGAAGAGUGCAAUUGAAAAGGCCAUGAUCUCGUGCAGGAAGAUCGCGGAGUCAAGUCUCCGUGUCCAGUUUUAUGUCAGCCGUCUGAUGGAAGCUCUGGGGGAGUUCAGAGGGACCAUCUGGAGCUUGUACUCCGUCCCAAGGAUAGCCGAGCCCGUGUGGCUGGCCAUGAUGUCCAGCACCUUGGAGAAGACGCAGCUGUGCCAGCGCUUCCUCAAGGAAUUUACACUCCUGAUAGAACAGAUCAACAAGAACCAGUUUUUUGCUGCCUUGCUGACCGCGGUCUUAACCUACCACCUGGCCUGGGUGCCCACCGUCAUGCCCGUUGACCACCCUCCCAUCAAAGCCUUCUCCGAGAAACGCACCUCUCAGCUGGUCAACACGCUGGCCAAGACACACCCAUACAAUCCUCUCUGGGCGCAGCUGGGCGACCUUUACGGGGCCAUCGGCUCUCCGGUGCGACUGACCCGCACGGUGGUGCUGGGGAAGCAGAAGGACCUGGUGCAGCGCAUACUGUACGUGCUGACCUACUUCCUGCGGUGCUCGGAGCUGCAGGAGAACCAGCUGACGUGCAGCGGGGCCUGGGGGCCAGACGAGCAGGCGCUGGCGGGGGGCAGCAUCACCACGGCCCUGGAGAGGGGCGAGGUGGAGGAGUCCGAGUACGUGGUGGUCACGGUGAGGAGCGAGCCCGCCCUUCUGCCGCCGCACACUGACACCGGAGACCUCUGUCCCCACCUCGCCGGACGAGGAGGCCGGGGGCCGGAGCAGAGCCCCGCGGCCCGCGGCACCCGGAGACCUCGGGGCGCGUCGUGUGGGGACGAGGAGAGUACGGAGGAGGCGCCCCGCGGCGGCUCCGCGAGACUCCCCAGCGGCGCAGGUGCGUGCGCGGGGCCGGCCGGCGGGGAGGGGUCGGGAGGGGAGAUGCCCAAGAAGCUGCCCGACCGCUCGGCGGCCAGGCCGUGCCCUGAGGGGCGUCCCUGGGAGAAGGUCACCUUCCACAUCGGGAGCUCCGUGUCUCCGGACUCGGACUUUGAAAGUCGCACCAAAGCGACGGAGGAGCGGCUGCGGGCCUGCAGGUGUGCGGAGCCAGCGCGCCGACCCCCGGCUGGGCCCGACGCAGCCCGGGAGGCCCGGGACUGGCGGGCUCCGAGGUGCUCCUGGGCCCCCGAGGCGUCUGCGGGGGCCCGCGGCGUCAGGACCGGGGCCGCCAAGGAGGCUGCGGAGACGCCCGGCGCACCUGCCGCCCGGGGCGCACCUGUCGACCCCGCGCACGCGCCAGUGAAGCCGUGGGGUCGGGGCGGGGAGAACGCGGACGGGCCUGCGCCGAGCGGGUGCGCGGCCGCAGUGCCGCGCGAGGACGCCGGCUUCAGGCGGGAAGGAGGUCUCCCCAGGAACGAAAGCUCGGACAGCGCCCUCGGCGACAGUGACGACGACCCGUAUGCGCCGGCCUCGCCGGACCUGGGUCCCGGCAGUGACGGUGACAGUGAGCAUGACCGGCCCGAAGGGUCGCCGGAGGUGGAGCUGCCGCUGCCCAGGUCUCAGAGCGGCAGCGCCCCGAACGUGAGGAGCUUCGGCCGCUCCCUCCUGGCGGGCUACUGCCCCACGUACGUGCCAGACCUGGUGCUUCACGGGACCGGCAGCGGUGAGAAGCUGAAGCAGUGCCUGGCCGCCGACCUGGUCCACACGGUCCAGCACCCCGUGCUCGACGAGCCCAUCGCCGAGGCCGUGUGCAUCAUUGCAGACACGGACAAGUGGAGCGUCCAGGUGGCCACAAGUCAGAGGAAGGCGGUGGACAGCACGAAACUCGGCCAGGACGUCCUGGUCUCAAGCCAGGUGUCCAGCUUGCUUCAGUCCAUCCUCCAGCUUUACAGGCUUCACCUCCCCGCCGACUUUUGCAUCAUGCACCUGGAAGACAGACUACAGGAGAUGUACCUGAAGAGUAAGAUGCUGUCUGAGUAUCUUCGUGGACACACGCGCGUGCACGUGAAGGAAUUAAGUGUCGUUCUGGGGAUCGAGUCCAACGACCUGCCCCUGCUGACGGCUGUCGCCAGCACUCACUCCCCGUACGUCGCUCAGAUACUCUUAUAAGCUGACGCUCAGGACAGCUGCUCCGUGGAAGAAGGAUCAGCCGCUCAGCCGAAGGAGGGAGGACAGACGGCCGCUCCCCAGGACCACGAGGCCCGGGCAGGGCAGACGGAGCCGGUCCGGCCGCGCUGGGCCGGGCCAGGCGGCGGUGUGAGCACGUCGGGGCCCAGAAGCGGGGCUGAGACAUCUCCGAGUUCCAGCGCGAGCUCCCCAAGCUGGGGAGAGGGGUCCCAGCGUCCUGAGAAGACGGUCAGCGCGGGGACCCCGGGUCAGCGGCCGAGUGAAGCCCGCGCGUGCCACCCUCCGCUCCAGUGGCUGCGGCGUCACCGUCACCGUCACCGUCUGGCGCAAAGCACGGGGGGCCGGGAGCUCCAGGGACCCGCUGCUUCCCCGUCUUGUCCCAGUCUACCGUGUUCGAGGUGCAGCCACGGGUAGGUCAGGGACGGGUCGUUGGUGCGAUCGAGGCAGGAAUCGGCGCGGCGUCCUCAGCCCGGCCCCGUGUGGUUCCGUGGCAGCUGCGAGCUCGGGCCGGACCCCGCCCGGCUUCUCCAGACGCUUCGCAGCUCUCGGCAGCCUUUCAAGCGGGGCCGUUCACCAAAGUUGGCUCUGUAAGCUGGCGAGUGGUUCUGUGGCUGAACUCCUCCCCGCGGAAGCCACCUUCUUCCUAUACUAGUUAAUACAAAUGACUAUUUAUACCUUAAAAGGCCCAGCUGUCCGGGUGGGAAAUGAAAGCUGCAAGAGUGCAGGAUGACUCAUGAAAGGAAUUCGUUUGAACGUUUGUAAACAAUCCAGAUAUGAGCUGAAUUUUUACACUAUCAUCUCUGUGCCUUCCAAUCCCUAUGUCCUUUUCAAAACAGCUAUCCAGAAAUUCACUGCCCCGUAGUAUAAAAACCUGCCAAAAUGAAGCAUUGUUUAUUUAUGAGCAUCGUGUGCUUUUUAGAAAUCCUUAAUUUUCUGUUGACGUUAACUUUAGUUUACUGACCAUCAUCCAGGGUAAAGGAAAAGCCUCUUUAAAGGUAAAUGGAUGGUUGAAAGGCAGGGGGCUAACCCAGUACAGCAGAACUGUUACACCUGCAGAUCUUGAGGUCGGUUCGUUGUAAUCAGGCUCUGAUUUCCUUCUCUUUUAUGAAUUGAUGCUGGUCCUUUCCAUGUAUAGCCUUUGCACCUCAGAAUAUGAAACGACUUCCCUUUCAGGAGUUAAGAUGACUUCAUAUUUUCUACCUGAUAAAAUCCUGAUCCCCAAACCCAAGUUACAUUCAUCUGUGUCUUUACUCUCUGACAAACACACGCGAGUUGUUUGUUUGAAAGAGGAGAGCGGCAGGACCAAUGGAGAAACACAGGUGUGUUCUUCCUUUCUUAGGAAUAGGUCAGAACUGCAGCCUUCCCCGCUCUUUUUUAAUAAAUCUUCUUUCUUUCUUGUGGCUGCUCCAGGCGGCUUGUAGCAUCUUCGUUCCCCGACCAGGGACUGAACUCAGGCCCUCCGCAGGGAGAGAGCACCGAGCCCUAACCCCUGGACCCCAGGGAAUUCCACCCCCCUUUUCUUUUUACGGUGUGAAAUGCAGAGAGGCGUGUUGAGGCUCUUAAGAUCUUGGAUUUGUAUCGUAUGCCUUUCUCUCAUAAAAGUGACGUUGUCCAUUCUUUCUACGUUUUCUGUUUCCUCUUGCCUGAUGUCUGGCACGAGACGGGUGUUCCGAGUCCUUGGCUCUGUGGCAUUGCGGCAGUUGUCACGGACCUCGCCCAUGGCCACCCUCUCCCCGUCCGUGCUGAGUGAGGUCACAGCGUCCCCUCUGCACCGGCUUCCAGCACCCGCAGUCUCGGUUCCCUUCUCCUCGCUGACACGUUCUGGGCGCUUCCCCUCCCUCCUCCCCCGACCUUCCAGGGCUUCACAGACAAUAACUAUGAACAAAAAUCAGUGCACGUAGCGGCCGGUGAGCAGUAGACCUGGCCCGGGGGACGCUGAGCUUCAAAUGGCCGAUUCCAAACUCCACGCAUUACAGAUGCGGCCCAGCCCCCGGAAGCUGAGGAAACUGGCCUUGCCUCCGCAUCUCCUGUCCCCCGCCUCCCCCGGGAGAAGGUGACGGAGGGAGAGCGCUCAGGACCCUGGGCAGCCCCGACCCUCACGGCUGCCGCCUGCACAGCAGACCAGGGAUGUGUUGCUGCUCGUUCAUAAACCCUCCCCUGGAGGACAUCCACCUGUGCUCUCUCCUAAACUCAACCUCCUCCCAAAAGCGGAAAAGAAUCUCAUGGAACUGUGUUGAGACACACACCGGACCCCACCUGGUGGCUUGGGUCUGUCUUAGCCCAAGAGGCAAGGAAGGGACCCACCCUCGCCCAGGCCCACCUCAAGAAAAGAAACAAAAGUAAAAAAAAAAAAAGAAAAAAUGUACAAAUAGAGAAAACUACCUCAGUUGACAGGAUUCCACCUUUAGGGUUUCUUCAACUUUGACGUCUUACCUGUUGAGUGCACCUUUUGUAGCAUCUUGCUUUUCCACGCAAGCUGGGAGGCAGGAUAGAGCGGUGUGUGCCCGCGUGACCGUGAUGGGCCUCUCUCUAGCAUGUCGCGGUUUUAUUUUUCAUAGACUGACGGGUGAUAUGAAUGUAAAGAUCAUUGUGUACGUUUAAACAUGACAAUGAAAACUUAAAAUGUAGCUUCCAUACUUGUGCAUAAUUCCAAAGUAUUUUAUUUUUAUCAGUGUUAAAUAGCUUUUUGUAUAGGCUUCGAUCCAUUUUUCUGAAGUGUGCUGUUUUUUAAUGAAAGUAACUCCAAACUUUUCACAUCCCAUGGAACUGCCGUUUACACAUCGCAACUUUUUAAACUUUCCAUAUUUUUCAAAGUUAACUUUUUUCGAGGGAUGAAAAUCCCUGCCUGCUAAGCGAUACUAAACUGUUGUUUAGGCCCUUCUAAUUACAGCCUGUAGCGUUUUAGUUUCCUCACUAGAGUUGGUUGUACAUAAAAAUAAAGAAUAUAAAGUGACCCCACGGUUCUUUUAAAUAUCUGGAUUUUUCCACUAACACAUACUUUUGAAAGUAUUUUGUUCAUGCAUAUUUUCACCAAUAAACUGAAAAAGCCUUUAGCUUCUCGGUAAAUGUGAACCAUUUGUUUUCUCUUGUGCUUUGGCAGAGGGGACCUUUUAAUAUACUGUUUGCCUAAAUCAAGCAGCCCCCUCUGAAUGUUAAUUUUUAAAUGUCCAUCUUUGGUGAACCGUGUAUCUUGAAAGCAAGAUUGCAAUAUGCUUAAAUUUAAGUGGUUUAAAAAGGAGAAAAUUCUGGGAUUGAUUUGUUACUACUGAAGCUCCAUUAAGACAAAUUGGUAGGACUUGAUGUUUUUGAUCAGUUAAAUAGGUAUCAAUGGCAAUGUAUGGAAAUUUUUUUUUUCAAACUUGUUCACGUAUUAUUUUGACCCAUUCUUAUGUGGCAUUUGGUGCAAUAAACCUUCUGAAUUUAUCUUGAA